GAAAUCACAAGUUCCCUUCUUCCCACAUAAACUUCUGCAAACUGCAUGCCGGGUUCUGCUGGUGGUAAAGGAGCUGAGUUCAGGAAGUUGGCCAGUUUCUUUGCUCUGAGCACACCGAGUGACAGAGGGUAGCCCUCCCUGGCGCUGCAGGUGACCGAUGAGAAAUUAGGACAACAGAGCCUGAAGGUGUCUGUUGAUAGAGGAGGAGAGAAUAGAUCCGGAUACGUACCACUAGAGAGGAAAACAUGACCCUCCCAUCUUUGUUUCUGACCUGCCUCUUCCUGCUCAUCUCUGAUUCCUGUGAGUUCUUCAGCAAAGCAAAUUAUUCUAGAAGCUAUCCUUGUGACGAGAAAAGACAAAAUGGCUCUGUGAUUGCAGAAUGCAACAGCCGUCGACUGAGAGAAGUUCCCCAAACCGUGGGCAAGUAUGUGACAGCACUAGACCUCUCUGAUAAUUACAUUACACACAUAACAAAUGAAUCAUUUCAAGGGCUGCAGAAUCUUACUAAAAUAAAUCUAAACCACAAUGGCAAUCCACAGCACCUGAAUGAAAACCCUGAUACAAACGAAAAAGGCAUGAAUAUCACAGAUGGGGCGUUCCUCAACCUACAAAACUUAAACCAGUUACUGCUUGAAGACAACCAGUUAUACCAAGUACCUGGUGGCUUGCCAGGGUCUUUGAAGGAACUUAGUCUCAUUAAAAACAACAUAAUUUGGGUAACUAAAAAGAACACUUCUGGCCUUACCAAUCUGGAAAGGCUCUACUUGAGCUGGAACUGCUAUUUCGGCAAUAAUUGUGUUAAUAAAACUUUUGACAUAGAAGACGGAACGUUUGAAAGUCUUACAAAUUUGCAGGUGCUGUCCCUGUCUUUUAAUAAGCUUGUCCAUGUGCCACCUAAGCUGCCAGACUCCCUAAGAGAACUUUAUCUCAGCAAUGCCAAGAUUAAAAUCAUCAGUCAGGAAGAUUUCAAGGGAUUGAGAAAGUUAACAGUCCUAGAUUUAAGUGGGAACUGCCCGAGGUGUUUCAACGCCCCAUUUCCCUGUACACCUUGUGAAGGAGGCUCUUCAAUUCAGAUCCAUCCUCUUGCUUUUCAAAACCUGACGGAACUUCGCUACCUAAACCUCUCUAGCACUUCUCUCCGGAAGAUUCCCGUAACGUGGUUUGAGAACAUGCCCAACCUGAAGGUUCUGCACUUGGAAUUCAAUUACUUAGUGGAUGAAAUAGCCUCUGGGGAAUUUUUAACGAAACUGCCCUCCUUGGAAAUACUUGACUUAUCUUUUAACUACAAAAUGGCAAAAUAUCCAAAAUAUAUUAAUAUUUCCCAAAACUUCUCUAAUCUUAAGCUGCUCCAGGCGCUGCACUUAAGAGGUUACGUGUUCCAGGAACUUACAGCAAAAAACUUCCAUCCCCUGAAGGGUCUCCCACAUCUAAGGACUAUCAACUUGGGCAUCAACUUUAUUAAGCAAAUUAAUUUUACCCUCUUCCAAGAUUUCCCCAAUCUGACGAUCAUUUACCUGUCAGAAAACCGAAUAUCACCCUUGGUAAAUGAUAUCCAGCAAAAUGACGAAAAUGGUUACUCCCCUCCAAGUCAUGUCCUUAAGCCACGCUCAGCAGAAUUUGAGUUUGACCCACAUUCAAAUUUUUAUCAUAAUACCCAUCCUUUAAUAAAGCCGCAAUGCACAGUUUAUGGCAAAGCCUUAGAUUUAAGUCUGAACAGUAUUUUCUUCAUUGGGCGAGAGCAGUUUGAAGCUUUUCAUGACAUUGCCUGCUUAAAUCUGUCUUCAAAUGGCAAUGGUCAAGUGUUAAAUGGAACUGAAUUUUCAGCUGUGCCGCAUAUCAAAUAUUUGGAUCUGACCAACAAUAGAUUAGACUUUGAUGAUGACAAUGCUCUCAGUGAUCUACCCGAGUUAGAAGUUCUAGAUCUCAGCUACAAUGCACACUACUUCCGAAUAGCAGGGGUGACGCACCGCCUGGGAUUUAUUCAAAAUUUAACACAACUGAAAGUUUUAAACUUGAGCCACAAUGGCAUUUAUACUUUAACAGAGCAAGACCUGAGAAGCAUGUCCCUAGAAGAAUUAGUUUUCAGAGGAAACCACCUUGACAUUUUGUGGAAUGCUGAAGGUGACAAGUACUGGAAAAUUUUUACAAGUCUCAGGAACCUGACACGGCUCGAUUUGUCCUUGAAUAACCUUCAUCUCAUCCCAAAUGAAGCUUUCCUGAACUUGCCCCAGAGUCUCACCCAACUAUACAUAAAUAAUAACAUGUUAAAUUUCUUUAACUGGACAUUACUCCAACACUUUCCACAUCUCCACUUGCUGGACUUGAGUGGAAACAGGCUAUCCUCUUUAACUAAUAGCCUCUCCAAAUUCACGCCUUCCCUGAGGACGCUGCUACUACGUCGAAACAGGAUUUCGCACCUGCCCUCCAACUUUCUUUCCGAAGCCAGCAGUCUGAUCCACCUCGAUUUGAGUUCCAACCUGCUGAAGAUGAUCAACAAGUCCACGCUUCAAACGAAGACCAACACCAGUUUAACCAUUUUGAAACUAGAUAGAAACCCUUUUGACUGUACCUGUGACAUUGGAGAUUUUCGAAGAUGGAUGGAUGAAAAUCUGGAUGUCACCAUCCCUCGGCUGACGGAUGUGAUCUGCUCUAGUCCUGGGGAUCAGAAAGGGAAGAGCAUCAUGAGUCUGGAGCUAACAACCUGUAUUUCAGAUACCAUCGCGGCAGUGCUGUGUUUCUUCACGUCCUUAAUCACCAUUACCGUGAUGUUGGCUGCCUUGGGUCACCACUGGUUUUACUGGGAUGUUUGGUUUAUCUACCACGUUUGUCUAGCUAAGGUAAAAGGCUACAGGUCUCUUUCCACGUCCCAAACUUUCUAUGAUGCCUAUGUUUCUUAUGACACCAAAGAUGCGUCGGUUACAGACUGGGUGAUAAAUGAGCUGCGUUUCCACCUAGAGGAGAGCGAAGGGAAAAAUGUGCUCCUGUGUUUAGAGGAGAGGGAUUGGGACCCCGGAUUAGCCAUCAUCGAUAACCUCAUGCAGAGCAUAAACCAAAGCAAGAAAACUAUAUUCGUCUUAACCAAAGAAUAUGCCCAAAACUGGAACUUCAAAACAGCAUUCUACUUGGCCUUGCAGCGGCUCAUGGAAGAGAACAUGGAUGUGAUCGUAUUUAUUCUGCUGGAGCCCGUGUUACAGCAUUCUCAGUAUUUGAGGCUGCGGCAGAGGAUCUGCAAGAGCUCCAUCCUUCAAUGGCCCGACAACCCCAAGGCGGAAGGCUUAUUUUGGCAAAGUCUGAAAAACGUAGUCUUAACCGAAAACAAUUCCCGGUAUAACAAUUUGUAUGUUGAUUCCAUUAAACAGUACUAACGGAUGUUAAGCCCCGGCUCACCAGCAUAAUAAAAAUGCAAAGCAAUUAC